UUCUCUUCUUUCUCUCCAUCUUCUCUUCUUCCCCCCCAAACCCCUCUACAAACAACAAUCAAAAUGUCUUUGUACAAGGUCGCCGACAUCUCCCUCGCCGCUUUCGGUCGAAAGGAGAUCCAGCUCGCUGAGCGUGAGAUGCCCGGACUCAUGUACAUCCGUGAGAAGUACGGUCCUUCCCAGCCUUUGAAGGGCGCUAGGAUCGCUGGUUGUCUCCACAUGACCAUCCAGACCGCUGUCCUCAUCGAGACCCUUACCGCUCUCGGUGCCCAGGUCACCUGGUCUUCUUGCAACAUCUUCUCCACCCAGGACCACGCCGCUGCCGCUAUCGCUGCCACCGGUGUCCCCGUCUACGCCUGGAAGGGUGAGACCGAGGAGGAGUACCUUUGGUGUAUCGAGCAGUCCCUCAAGUCCUUCCCCGAGGGUGCCGCUUUGAACUUGAUCCUCGACGACGGAGGUGACCUCACCACUCUCGUCCACGAGAAGCACCCCGAGCUCCUCGCCAACAUCAAGGGUGUCUCUGAGGAGACCACCACCGGUGUGCACCACCUCUACAAGGCCUUCAAGGAGGGCAAGCUCAAGAUCCCCGCCAUCAACGUCAACGACUCUGUCACCAAGUCCAAGUUCGACAACUACUACGGUUGCCGAGAGUCCCUCGUCGACGGUAUCAAGCGUGCCACCGACGUUAUGCUUGCCGGUAAGGUCGCCGUCGUCGCCGGUUUCGGUGAUGUCGGUAAGGGUUGUGCCGAGUCUCUUCGAUCUUACGGUGCCCGAGUCAUCGUCACCGAGAUUGACCCCAUCAACGCCCUCCAGGCCGCCAUGGCCGGUUACGAGGUCACCACCAUGGAGGAGGCUGCUCCCCGUGGUAACGUCUUUGUCACCACCACUGGUUGCCGAGACAUCAUCACUGGUGCCCACUUCGAGGUCAUGCCUGAGGACGCCAUCGUUUCCAACAUUGGUCACUUCGACGUUGAGAUUGACGUUGCUUGGCUCAAGGCCAACGCCGCCGAGUGUGUCAACAUCAAGCCCCAGGUUGACCGAUUCACCAUGAAGAACGGCCGACACAUCCUCCUCCUCGCUGAGGGUCGUCUCGUUAACCUUGGUUGCGCCACCGGUCACCCCUCUUUCGUCAUGUCCUGCUCUUUCGCCAACCAGGUCUUGGCUCAGAUCGCUCUCUGGACCAACACUGAGGCCUACCCCCUCGGUGUCCACAUGCUCCCCAAGUCUCUCGACGAGGAGGUCGCCAAGGCCCACCUUGCCCAGCUCGGUGUCAAGCUUACCACCAUGACCAAGGUCCAGGCCGACUACCUCGGUUUGCCCGCCGAAGGUCCCUACAAGCCCGACCACUACAGGUACUAAGCGUUUCAUAUCUUGGCCUCAACUGCCUUGAAACGUUUUGCCCGUUCUCGGUCCCGCUCCAGAUUAUAAACGAAAUACCCUCCACUUUAGUUCACUUGUAUUACCUCUCCCGGAUACAAUCCACAACAUCAUUUGCAUAGUUAUACUCAUACUCUCAGCAAAACGAAAAUUCCAAGCGUAAAGCUUUUUGUCACUAUUAUCAUUUCCGGUUUUUCUGGGCUUCAACUGCCAAAUCUCUUUUCUUUCUUAUCUGGUCCUUUCAAGGCUUUGUCAUCACUAGGUUUCGACGUUUUAGAUUUGUUGGAGGUUGGUGUGAUGACGCUCUACACUCGAAAGAGGUGUGGAUCGGAAGACGGGUUUCAUUGUCUCAUGCAUGGAACUGGCGGAGAUCA